CAUAGCGUCCCUUGCGUGUGGGUGUGUGACCACUGAUGUAUGUAUGUGUGACAGAGGAAGAUGGCAGCGAAAAGAGAGAAUGAUUGUGAAAUCAGAACAUGGUUUGUUGUUGUCUAAAAUAAUAAUCUAUGCGACAAAGUAUACAUUUUUUAGGCGAUCUUGUUUGCGUUCGUGGCUCCAUUUUUACAGUACACCCUGAUUGACUGACAGUGGAAUUGCCCGUAUAGCAACCGUUAGCAUUUUGGCUAGCCAGCAAGCUAAAGUUGUUUCGUGGAAAUCACUGCUCCAAAGCAGCUUGCCAUUUUUUUGGGGGGGGGGCGAAAGUACUGCAAACCUACCCGUGGUGGUUGACUUUCAGUCCUGGGAGAGCAGUUGGGGCUAAGGAAGACUAAGCCAAUCGCUGCUGGUUGGUGACUUCCUUGAAAAGCCAGCGUUGGACUGGAGCAGCCAGCUAGGGCCAUGAGUCAGGGCUUCCUCCUCCCUCUGUGGACCAGAGCCAAAAUGGAGGUUUAGCCCAGACAGACGCUGAGCAAGUGUUCAGUGCUGCGGGUCCUCUGCCUAGGCAUGGAGUGGUGUUGGCUGCAGACUGGAUGACAGGGUCUUCAGGGAGAGCCGACGCGCGUCCCCCUGCACAGACACCCAACCCCCUAACUGACCACCGCUGACCCGUUACCACGGUGACACUGACACCGAAGAUGAGCUGGCUGAGCCGGCUGACCCCUCGAGGUCCGGGGGGCAGGUCCAGUCGGAACGUAGCACCCUCCAGUCCCUGUACUGCUGACCCAGAAACCUGCCUCAUGGUGUUUGAGAACCACUGGAGACAGGUGUCCUGGGUGCUGGAGCAGCGGGAUCCGUCAAGCUCUAGCGAUGACCUCACCGCGGUGCGGAACCACACCGACCAGAUGCUGUGCCUCCUGGCCGAGGAGCGACCGGGGGAGUGUGAGGGGCCCCCCGGGGCGGUAACGUCCGGUAACGUCCCCCCCGUUGGCCCCAUCCUGGACCUGGUGGUGACUGAGAACGUCCUGGAGCGUGUGGUGCAGUGGCACCUGAGGCGUGGCCUGGACACCGACAGCCAGGGGGCGCUACUCAAGUUGUUUGAGAUGCUGAUAGGCCAGUCUCAGCAGCCCUUGCUCCAACACAAGGCGGUGCUGCAACCUCUACUGGGCCUGCUGGGAGCCUGUGCUGAGCCCCAGCUGGGCUGCCCUCCCUCUCUGGAGAACAGCCUAGUGCUGCUGCUCAACCAGAUCUGUGUGUCCAUGGCGCGUGCUCCUGCUGUGUUGGAGCUGUUGUUCAGGACCGCCCCAGCCCAACACGGUCCUACCAACCUGCUCAUCUUCUCUCUGCUGGUUCCCUUCAUCCACCGUGACGGGGCCAUCGGACAGCAGGCCCGCGACGCCCUCCUCCUCGUCAUGGCAACCUCCGCCAGCAACCAGGGCGUGGCACGCUACAUUGCAGAGAACUCCUACUUCUGCCCGGUGCUGGCCACGGGCCUGAGUGCUCUCUACUCCUCCCUGCCGAGGAAGAUAGAGGUACGGGGGGAUGACUGGCAUGCUCUGCGUAGGGAGGACUGGAUGGGCGUGUCCUCUCUGGUGCUCUUCAUGAACUCUCUGGAGUUCUGUAACGCUGUCAUCCAGGUGGCUCACCCCCUGGUCCGCAGACAGCUGGUCGACUACGUUCACAACGGCUUCCUGGUCCCUGUCAUGGGACCCGCCCUACACAAGUCAUCUGUAGAUGAGAUGAUAGCCAGUACAGCCUACCUGGACCUGUUCCUGCGCAGCGUCACGGAAACGUCUCUCCUUAAAACCUUCCUGCGUUUUAUCCUCAUGCAUCGCCACGACAACGACACCAUCCUGGACACGUUGCUAACUCGCAUCAGCAGCAACUCAAGGCUGUGUAUGGUGUCUUUGAGCCUGUUUAGGACUCUACUCUCUCUCAACUGUGAAGACCUCAUGUUGCAGCUCGUUCUCAGGUAUCUGCUGCCCUGUACCCAUGUGAUGUUGAGUCAGAGGCGUGCUGUCAGGGACACUGAUCUCUAUGGUAAAUCAGCUGACAAGUUCCUGUCCCUCAUCCCAGACUGCUGCCGUCUGAGCACAGUGCCCUCUGCUGAGCAGGAGGAAGAACCUGCCCUUUGGGGGAAAGUCCUGAACAGUCCCAGCUCAGAGUCUCCAGUACACCACAAACCCAGCACUCCGUCCCGCUUGGCCCUCUUCAUGCGCCAGCAGAGCACUGGAGGAGGGCCCUCCUCCCCCACCGAGACGGUCCCCUUGUCGCCUGGUGCCGGCCCCAACACCCCCCUGUCCCCAGAUAGCCCCAUGCACCCCGUCCCAGAGGGGCUGGACUGGGAGUUGGGAUACCUGGAGUACCUCAGGGACGCACGUAGGGGGGUAGAGCUGUGCUCUUGGGCCUGCCGGAACUGGUCAGCCCCCUACGACGGAGAGGACCCCUCACCCAACACGGCCCCUCUACCGCCCCCGCCCCCCACCUCCAACCCCUCCCUGGCCAUGUUCCCAGAGCACUUCUCCUUCCAGCAGGGAGGAGGAGGAGGUGGAGGUAGUACCUCCCCCGGCCAGCAGAGGGCAGCGGUGGUGGCAGCAGCGCGGUCAGAGUGGAGCAGUACAGAGAGGGAUAGUGGAGAGUGGGACGUCACCAUCGGUAAGAACAGCUGUAUCAGCCUCACACCCCGCACCAAGAAACGCAGCCUGCAGAGAGAGGAUGUCCCCCUCCCCAAACCUCUCCAUCUCCCUCCUGAUUCUGCCUCCCUUCCUGACCCCUCCGCUGCUCCCCACCUCCACUCCGCCCCCACCAAGGGCCCUCAGCAGGCCAUCAUCAAUGGAACGUUGUUGGGGGGGCAGGGGGACGGGUGUAGGGACAGCCAGGAUGGAGGGAUGGAAGUUAAGAAGGUGAAGAGAGAGUUGGGUGAGCAGCGGCACCCUGCUGGCGGGGACUCUAGUCAGAACGGGGGGGUGGGUGCCUGCCCUGCCCCUGCCCAGUCCUGCAGGUCCCUACAGGGCUUCUACAGUGAAGGGAAUGGGUCUGUGGAAAGCUCCAGAGGUCUUCCACCACACAAACCGAGUCACACCCAGACUCAGUCUGCUCCGCUGCUCUCAGAACCCCGUACCAACUCCUCCAACGACAGGCUGACCCUCCAUGCUGCAGCACCCGGCCCUGGAUCGGGACCUCCUGAGGCAAUCUUUAACCAGUCAGAAGCAGUGGAGCGACUGAUCUCUGAGCUCCUAGAUGGGGCUGGGCCUUGGGAGGGGGGCCAGCAGGGGCCUGGGGACUCCAACGGCCAGGGCAUCAGCAUCGAAGCCUUCACCCAGGAACUCCGGGAGCUGGAGGAGAGGGUGAGGGAGAGGAGCAGGGGGGUGGGGCUGCUCAGACAGCUGGAGGAGACCACCAGAGAUCCCCACUCAGAGGAACCACCGCCCCCCUCUCCCCUGGACGCUGACCUGAUGGGGAGUGGGGUAGGGGCUGGAGUUGUGGGGGUGUUCAGCCCUGCCAGGCCUCUAGGACAGCCAUCCUCUCAGCCCUACACAGGUCCGUUCAUGGUGGUUCUGUUUGCCAAGCUGGAAAACAUGCUCCAGAACUCUCUGUAUGUAAACAUCCUGUUGACGGGUAUUCUGGGCCAGCUUGCCUGCUACCCUCAGCCCCUGCUCCGAUCUUUCCUCCUCAACACCAACAUGGUGUUCCAGCCCAGCGUCAAGUCUCUUAUACAGGUCCUGGGCUCAGUGAAGAACCGCAUCGAGACGUUUGCAGCGUCCCAUGAGGAUUUCCCUGCCAUGCUGAAGAAAGCCCAGCGCUACCUGGCGGCCAGGGGCAAGGUGGAUUGGGCUGACUCACCCAUGGGGAUGCCCACACUGAGACGCUCUGAUUCUCUGGUGAAGAGCCGGAAACCCUCACUAGGCGACCUGAUCCUUCGCCACACCAACAGCCCCACGCGGGCACGCCACGCCGCCCAGCUCGCCCUGGCCCAUGUACGAGACGGCGGCCAAUCGCUGCACAGUGCCCUGUUCCGGGGCGGGUCAGGGGCGUCGGGGCUGGAGAAGCAGGCAGAGGCUCUGAGGGUGAAGAACGCCGUCUACUGCGCCGUCAUCUUCUCUGAGUUCCUCAAGGAGCUGGCCGCUCUGGCCCAGGAGCACGCUGUCUCCAUGCCCUUCCUUCAGAGCCACGACACUGAGGAGUGAUGCUGUCUGUCUCCAUGCCCUUCCUUCAGAGCCACGACACUGAGGAGUGAUGCUGUCUGUCUCCAUGCCCUUCCUCCAGAGCCACGACACUGAGGAGUGAUGCUGUCUGUCUCCAUGCCCUUCCUCCAGAGCCACGACACUGAGGAGUGAUGCUGUCUGUCUCCAUGCCCUUCCUUCAGAGCCACGACACUGAGGAGUGAUGCUGUCUGUCUCCAUGCCCUUCCUCCAGAGCCACGACACUGAGGAGUGAUGCUGUCUGUCUCCAUGCCCUUCCUUCAGAGCCACGACACUGAGGAGUGAUGCUGUCUGUCUCCAUGCCCUUCCUCCAGAAGAUUGAGAAGCAUUGGAUUGGUUGUAAGCGUUGUCAAUCUAGUGUACAUGAAGUCUGGGGCUGUAUCCACAAAGAGUCUAAAAGACAGUGGUUAGGAUAGGACAGGUAGACUGACACACGAGACAGUGGUUAGGAUAGGAUAGGUUGACUGACACACGAGACAGUGGUUAGGAUAGGACAGGUGACUGACACACGAGACAGUGGUUAGGAUAGGACAGGUGACUGACACGAGACAGUGGUUAGGACAGGUAGACUGACACACGAGACAGUGGUUAGGAUAGACAGGUAGACUGACACACGAGACAGUGGUUAGGAUGGGACAGGUAGACUGACACACGAGACAGUGGUUAGGAUAGACAGGUAGACUGACACAUGAGACAGUGGUUAGGAUGGGACAGGUAGACUGACACACGAGACAGUGGUUAGGAUGGGACAGGUAGACUGACACACGAGACAGUGGUUAGGACGGGACAGGUAGACUGACACACGAGACAGUGGUUAGGACGGGACAGGUAGACUGACACACGAGACAGUGGUUAGGAUAGGACAGGUAGACUGAAACAAGACAGCGGUUAGGAUAGGACAGGUAGAAUGACGGUGAACUAGCAUCGGUUUAGAAUUUUAAAUCGUAAUGAAUAAGAUUGUAUGAACAGAUCCUAGAUCGGCACUCCUCCUCUAGGACACUGACCAUGUAUGAACAGAUCCUAGAUCAGCACUCCUCCUCUAGGACACUGACCAUGUAUGGACAGAUCCUAGAUCAGCACUCCUCCUCUGGGACGCUGUGACCAUGUAUGGACAGAUCCUAGAUCAGCACUCCUCCUCUGGGACGCUGUGACCAUGUAUGGACAGAUCCUAGAUCGGCACUCCUCCUCUAGGACACUGACCAUGUAUGGACAGAUCCUAGAUCGGCACUCCUCCUCUAGGACACUAUGACCAUGGGCCCUGACCUCAUGGUGCAGCUACCAUUUACUCCCUUCCACCUGCAGGGGGCAAAGUGGAGCACUGAUGGGGCUAAGCGCUGCAGUGAAGAGACGAGAGGAAGGGAGGGGGACAGUUCAUUCGGACAAUGUGAAAUCAAGAAUAUAUAUAUAUACUUCUCUACACUACCACCCUGCUAUGGUAUGUACACUACACACCACUCUCCAAGAUCUACAUAUAUAUAUAUAUCUGUAGAUCUUGGAGAGUGGUCUGUAGUGUACAUACCAUAGCAGGGUGGUAGUGUAGAGAAGUAUAUAUAUAUGUACAUGGUGCUGAGUCAACUCUUUCCACUCUCCCCUCUAGUGAAUGAUGCUCAUCAGACAUGUUAAAGCUUCCGUCUUUUAGAAAAUCUGACAACAACAACAAGAAAAGACCCACAACCUUAAAUUUUCCCUGUGCGGUACAGAAUUUGCGGAGCGUUGAAACUGUUUAAGUAAACUCUGAUACUCAGCUUUUGAUCAUCUCAACUGUAGUGGACACAACAGGAAGGGAACUGACCAAUGGGCUCAGAGCAUCUCAAGAAGACAAACCUUUUUGUUUUUAAACUCAUCACCUCCGCUUGUGAGAUUUAACAGCAAGGGGGAGAGGGGGUGGUCUGGAAAAAGGGGUGACAAGAGAAAGGACCCCCCCCGUACUGUGUACUGGAAAACUAAAGUGGAUUUUGAUAUUUGUAUUUACAACCUCUGUUCUUGCUUUAUCAUUUUAGUUUUAAUUGUAUUAUUUUUUUAUAUAUAUAAAUGAAACAUUUUUAAGACCUAUCAAUGUCAUGUGGGAGCAAAAUAUGCGUGUGCACCGUGCAUUCUAUGGUCAUGUACCUGGUGUUGCCAGUCUAUAUGGUCAUGUACCUGGUGUUGCCAGUCUAUUUGGUCAUGUACCUGGUGUUGCCAGUCUAUAUGGUCAUGUACCUGGUGUUGCCAGUCUAUUUGGUCAUGUACCUGGUGUUGCCAGUCUAUAUGGUCAUGUACCUGGUGUUGCCAGUCUAUUUGGUCAUGUACCUGGUGUUGCCAGUCUAUAUGGUCAUGUACCUGGUGUUGCCAGUCUAUAUGGUCAUGUACCUGGUGUUGCCAGUCUAUAUGGUCAUGUACCUGGUGUUGCCAGUCUAUAUGGUCAUGUACCUGGUGUUGCCAGUCUAUUUGGUCAUGUACCUGGUGUUGCCAUAGGAAAGGCUGUGUUUCUGUCCUGUUGUAUAAAAAAACACUGCAGUGCUUAAAGGUGUGUGUACUACAAAGCAGGAUCAAUGAGUUAGCCAGGCCUAAAUAUUCUGAAACGUUUUCUUUUUUUAGAAGGAUAACCUUGAAAUUGGCUCAACCAAAACUUGUAUCCAAGUUUAGAUUUCUUAAUGAAUUAGAAUAGCAAUAGUUAUUUCUGGUUGCUUAUCAAAGUUAGCUGGCUAACUCAUUGAUCCUGCUUUGUAGAGUAUACUUCUCUGAAGGUUCAGUGUGGGACAGAGGAUGGGAAGGUUAAUCGGUAGUCUGAGACUGGGAGAAAACCUCAUGCUCGUUGCUUUCAACCUCCCUUCUCUCGUGCUGGUUUUACUCGGGAGAUAUUGGUUCCUCUAAAAGCUUUACAUUUGUUUAAUGUGACUACAUUUAUCACAUUUAGUUUCCUGUUUGCAAUUAACCAAACUGACGUUCCAUCCAUCAAAUCUGUUGUGAGAAAUAGGCUACACAGUUUUGUUUGGGCUCUCUAAACCCUGGGAGAAUAGGGUCCCAGUCCUAAGAGCCAUUAUCAGUUUACGCUGGCUAUCUAUACUGAAAGGCCAUAUUUCUGUUCGGGGGGGUGGGGCAACUGUUGCAAGGGAAAGAUACUGUAGAUCUAUCACCUAGGCUAGGAACAUGGAAUUCAAAAACAUAGAACAGUCACCCCAACCGUUCUAUAAUGGAACAUAGAACUGUCAUGAUAACCUAGUCUGAGUACCAGUCUCUCUUAGCUAACAUUCCACUCCUUGCCGUUACCAUCUUUGGCACGUGACAUGGAGUAUUUUGCUACACCCGCAAUAACAUCUGCUAAACACGUGUACGUUAACAAUUAAUAUGUUGAUUUGAUUUGUGUAUAGGGAGUGGAUACGCUAGAGGCUGGUACCCAGGCUAAUGAUAACCUUGGAGCUAGCCUAACUAAGAGACUGGUACCCAGGCUAAUGAUAACCUUGGAACUAGCCUAACUAAGAGACUGGUACCCAGGCUAAUGAUAACCUUGGAGCUAGCCUAACUAAGAGACUGGUAGCCAGGCUAAUUAUAACCUUGGAGCUAGCCUAACUAAGAGACUGGUACCCAGGCUAAUGAUAACCUUGGAGCUAGCCUAACUAAGAGACUGGUAGCCAGGCUAAUGAUAACCUUGGAACUAGCCUAACUAAGCGCGAUGCGGUCUUAAACAGUAAUACUUAACCUUACAUAGGUAAUAUACAUAUCUAAAAGGUGUCAUUCUGAGGUACCAAGUAAAUAUGGGACCUUUUUCUUCUCUCUGGGAAACUAGUCUGUAGAAAGUUUAACCAUGUCAGUGUUUCCAUGGAUCUAAUAUUGAUUAAUAUGCGUCGUGUUGAGAAGCUAGCCGCCCACACAGUGUUUGAAGCUUUGCCAAGACACUUUAAUUACUUUCAUUUCCUUUUUUUAUUUUUUAUCUAGGGUUUGAGGUUGUGUGUGUGUGUGUGUGUGUGUGUGUGUGUGUGUGUGUGUGUGUGUGUGUGUGUGUGUGUGUGUGUGUGUGUGUGUGUGUGUGUGAAAGUCCAUCUCUAACCCUGUCUCUAUAUUGUCAGUAACUUGGCUCAACAUUCUCUCUGGUCUGUCAGUGAAAUAACUGUUUUUUGCCAUUUUUUUUCAGAACAUCUGUCAGAAUUUAAAUGGAUAUGCCAAAACUCUGGUCGACAGGUACGACUUUUGACGUUUGAGGAAAGCCAUGGCUACAAUAAGUCCCCUUAAUAUCCUACGCUGUUACUCUUAUUCUGGGCAUGUAUAACUCUCAAGAAUUGACGAUAUUCCCCAAGUCCUCGAACAGCUACAUCCAGAUGUUUUGAAGAGGAAAAAAAUACAGUAAUUCAAUAAAAAGAUAUAUGAACAAAAAAAUCUAUGAGAAGUCGCUAGUUCCACAAGUAGGUUCUGGGUAAUCUGUGCUAGACUGAGACUAGAGAAUCAAGCUGUUUCUAUGUUGAAGAGAGAGGGAGAGAGUAAAUUACUGCAGUGUUUUCCAAAACAACAUCCGUCCCUUCAGCUGUCCAUAUCCAUACCUUCUGUCUCUGUUCGUUCACCUCCGAUGUAUCCCCUUUCAUUCACUUUUAUUUUGUCUCAAUACAUUGUGCAAGAGAAAAGGAUUUUACAGUUGGUGACCCCUCUUAAGGUCACGAACUGUACCCUGGCAAUGACCAAAUGAUUAUCUCUUAACCGUUAUCUAUUUCAUUUGAUCAGACAUCAAAUCAGUCACUCUUAACUCCGAUUUUAACUUUGUAUGAAUAUUUUUCUGUGAAAGAAUUGCUUGUUAAAGGUGUGUGAGUUAGUUUCACUGUCCUUUUUAUUACAGUUCACUGUUCUCUUGAAGCAACCCCCAUCCACAAGAACGCAAACCUAUAAUAAGUGUUGAGUUAAAUACAUCUGGGUUUCGGGGUGGCUACAGACAGUAGCUGGAUCAGGUGUUUUCAACAUGUUAGCAUUUUCAUUUUCCUUUUAUUGUAAAUUAAGAAAUUCAAGCAACUAUUUCAAUUGUAUUGAUUGGUGAUUUGUGAGCGUGUUCAGCUCUUUCCAGGUUUUGUCGUGUGUGUGUGUGUGUGUGUGUGGCAGCAGUAGUCUUCCUCAGCCAUGCAUCUCUCUCCCUCAUACAACCAUCUCUCUGGAACUGCCAGUCAGCCACUCCACAUAAUGCCAUGCAUCUCUCUCUGGAACUGCCAGUCAGCCACUCCACAUAAUGCCAUGCAUCUCUCUCUGGAACUGCCAGUCAGCCACUCCACAUAAUGGCAUGCAUCUCUCUCUGGAACUGCCAGUCAGCCACUCCACAUAAUGCCAUGCAUCUCUCUCUGGAACUGCCAGUCAGCCACUCCACAUAAUGCCAUGCAGUCGAGGUUUGAAAAAUAUCCUCUGAUGUAACUUCCUGACUUCCUAUUAUAUUUACUGCCUAUCAUAUUCAAACUGUGUUGGAGAGGAUGUUGUUACCGUUCCAAAUGACAAGAAACCACAAGAGAGCUGAACGGCUCAUUGUGAUUAUCUCAUCAAUGAGCUGAUGAGGAUGGAUUUAUGGUUCUCAUCACUAGUGUGUGUGUGUGUGUGUCUGUGUGUGUGUGUGUAUUUUUUUUUUUAAAGAUUUAAGUUUCAAACUAUUUUGAUUAUGUUUCAUUUUUCUGGGAAUUGUCUGUCAGCUGUUCUUUCUUACUUUUUUUUCUUCCUGUAUUGUGAAAUGAUAGAUCUCUCCUGGAAUCUAUGCAAAUAUGUUCUGGUGUCCUAACGCCAAGGCUGAAACGGGAGAUAGACUGAGUUAACCUGUAAAUAAUGUAUAAACCAAUGGGUCUUUAGAAAUACAGGGGCAUAUGCAUUAAUCAAGAGGACUGAAUGAAACACAUGCGAAAUGAAUGUCUGAAAUAUUUUUAUAAUUUAAGAGAGGGAAAGAUAAAAAAAAAAAACAUGAAUCAAAAACAAGAACUUUGUGGGGAAAUAUCUGUAAGAAACACACAAAAAAUAAAGGGAACGUUUUUAUUCAUUUAUAAAUGUUUUACCUAGCCAUA